CGCGAAAAGCCACCUGGGCACCGUAGUUCUCCUUGACGCCUAGCGGUAUUGCCAGCGCGGCUAAGGCGGCUCACUUGGCUUCAGUCAGUGUGUUCAUUGAAGGCAAGCGGAGGCAGAGAAAGGUCGUGGAGCUGGAGAAGGGUGAGUUGGCACGGUCUACAUGAUAAAGACAGGUGACACCUUGGCACAGGGCUGAAUUAAGUAAAUGGACUGGUGUUGCGGUCUCUCCGGAGACACCGUUAUCUUUUUGCCCGCGAUAGCACGGUGGUAAGGAGGCAGAAUCCAGUCCUAGCCUAGUACCCAUUCUCGCCCUCAACACCCACCGCCAUCUCCACCAUGCAGUCCCGGGAAGACGCUCCGCGCUCCCGCCGGCUUGCCAGUCCCCGUGGUGGGAAACGACCCAAAAGGAUUCACAAGCCCACGGUUUCGGCUUUUUUCACGGGCCCGGAAGAGCUGAAGGACACAGCUCAUUCUGCAGCUCUGUUGGCACAGCUCAAGUCCUUCUAUGAUGCGCGGCUGCUCUGUGAUGUGACCAUCGAGGUGGUGACGCCUGGCAGUGGGCCUGGCACAGGCCGCCUCUUCCCUUGCAACCGCAAUGUGCUGGCUGCCGCAUGUCCCUACUUCAAGAGCAUGUUCACCGGCGGCAUGUACGAGAGCCAGCAGGCAAAUGUGACCAUGCACGAUGUGGAUGCCGAGUCCUUUGAGGUGUUGGUCGAAUACUGCUACACGGGUCGUGUGUCCCUGAGUGAAGCCAACGUGGAGCGUCUUUAUGCCGCCUCUGACAUGCUACAGCUCGAGUACGUGCGGGAAGCCUGUGCCUCCUUCCUAGCCCGUCGCCUUGACCUGGCUAACUGCACUGCCAUCUUCAAGUUCGCCGAUGCCUUUGGCCAUCGCAAGUUGCGAUCACAGGCCCAGUCCUUUAUAGCCCACAAUUUCAAGCAGCUCAGCCAGAUGGGUCCGAUUCGGGAAGAGACUCUGGCAGAUCUGACUCUGGCCCAGCUGCUGGCUGUCCUGCGCCUGGAUAGCCUAAACAUAGAGCAAGAGCAGACGGUGUGUCACGUGGCUAUGCAGUGGUUGGAGGCGGCUCCCAAGGAACGGGGUCCCAGUGCUGCAGAAGUCUUCAAGUGUGUCCGCUGGACACACUUCACUGAUGAAGAUCAGGAUUACCUGAAAGGGCUGCUGACCAACACCACUGUGAACAAGUACUGUCUGGACCUUAUCAAAGGGGCCGUGCAUAUGCGAUAUGGUGACAUGUUGUACAAGUCUGUGACAGUGCCAAAGCCAGGGUGCAGCAGCAGUAGCUCUGUUGUAUCCACGGCAGAAAAUCCACCCCAGAGGCUGGGUGUGUGUGCCAAGAAGAUGGUGAUCUUCUUUGGGCACCCUAGAGAUCCCUUUCUGUGCUGUGACCCAUACUCUGGUGAUAUAUACAAAGUGCCGUCACCUUUGACCUGCCUUGCUCACACUCGGACUGUAACCACCCUAGCAGUCUGUAUCUCUCCGGACCAUGAUAUCUAUCUAGCUGCCCAGCCAAGGAAAGACCUCUGGGUGUAUAAACCUGCCCAGAAUAGUUGGCAGCAACUUGCAGAUCGCUUGCUCUGUCGUGAGGGCAUGGAUGUGGCCUACCUCAAUGGCUACAUUUACAUCUUGGGUGGGCGAGACCCUAUUACUGGACUUAAAUUGAAGGAAGUGGAAUGCUACAGUGUUCAGAGGAACCAGUGGGCCCUUGUGGCUCCACUACCCCAUUCUUUUAUCUCCUUUGACCUAAUGGUAAUUCAGAACUAUCUCUAUGCUCUCAACAGUAAGCGCAUGUUCUGUUAUGAUCCUAGCCACAAUAUGUGGCUGAAGUGUGUUUCCCUUAAGCGCCAUGACUUUCAGGAAGCUUGUGUCUUCAAUGAUGAGAUCUAUUGUAUCUGUGAUAUCCCAGUUAUGAAGGUCUACAAUCCAGUCAGAGGCGAGUGGAGACAGAUUAAUAAUAUUCCUUUGGUGUCAGAGACCACCAACUACAGGAUCAUUAAUCAUGACCAAAAAUUGUUGCUGAUCACCUCACGCACCCCACAGUGGAAAAAGAACCGAGUGACCGUCUAUGAAUAUGACAUUAGCGGGGACCAGUGGAUUAAUAUAGGUACCACAUUAGGCCUCUUCCAAUUUGAUUCUAACUUUUUUUGUCUCUCAGCUCGUGUUUAUCCUUCUUGCCUUGAGCCUGGUCAGAGUUUCCUCACUGAGGAGGAAGAGAUACCAAGUGAAUCUAGUACUGAAUGGGAUUUAGGUGGAUUCAGUGAGCUGGAUUCAGAGUCAGGAAGUUCGAGUUCUUUAUCUGAUGAUGAUUUGUGGGUCCAGGUAGCGCCUCAGUGAUAUGCACAGGAUCAGCAGUUGUAGCUAUGUUGAGACACUAAGGUGUUUUACUGCUUGGAAAGUAUGUUAAAGAAAUACCCUUUCCCUUUACAGGAAAAAAAAAAAAGGUUGAUUGAUUUCGGGUUUCGUUUAGAAAAGGUAUUAUUUAAGAUACUAAUGUAAUUUAAUGUUAGAGAAUUUAAGCAUUCCAAAAAAUAAAUCUAUUUAAUAAUUUACUGUUCUGAAAGUCCAGUAUUGGUUUGAUUGUAUAGUAUGUUUAUGUUUUAUUAUGCUAAUUUUGCCUUACAUUUUGUUUAGUGCCACAAGUACAGUAACUGGAAUUUUAAAUUUUAUAAUAGCAAACUGAGUGGGUAGGAAUUACUAAAUAUGGUUUUGAAAGUAUAUAUUUUCCUUGAGAACAGUAGUAGAUUUCCAAAACUUUAAACUGGAUUUUUACAAAGUGCAUUCUAACUUAAAUAUAUUUUACUAAGUUUUAGUUUAGUUUCCUCCUUUUUUGUGAAGAAAAAAUGCACAUAUGUUUAACGUGACUGAAUGCUGAUUUGUUAUGUGACUGAAUGUAAUAGUUUAUAGAAUGGCAUUCACUGAUAGUAAAAACAAAAUAAACCAGGACAUUACUGUUGGAAAAGAAAUUUCAGUUUUAAAUUUGUAAUAUAAAAUGUGUAUUUGCAAAUAGUGACCAGUUUUUCAUCUAAAAAUAAUUCCAUUCUAGCAGUGUCACCAAUUACCUACAAAGCUUAAAAAACAAAACAAAAAAACCCCCAGUAACUUGUUUUGUAGGUUCAAGUUUUUUCAUCUAUACUUGGUGUACAUGCUUCAUUGAAUCAGAGGAAUAAUCCUUUUUUCCACUGGACAUGAUUGUGUAAAUUUUUAUCCAUUCUCUUAAAAAGUUACUGUGAUUCUUAAAAUAUUUUGGCUGUAUAGUUUUAGUGUUCAUCUUAGAAGAUCGGUCUUUACUGUUUUGUGAGGUAAUACUGGUUUUGAAAAUAUGUUUAAGCUAAGAACAGUAUUUUAUUGAUUAGUAGUUAUUGUAUCUAUCAACUAUAAAAUCAAGUGCCAGAAAAGAACUUUAAAACUUUAAGUUUUAAGUAUAGAACUGUUUUGUGUAACACUGAAAUAUUGUCAGUUUUGUAAGUCACUAAAUGUUAUUAUCAGCUUAAAGGUAUUUUUGUAUUAAAAGUUUACAGUUAAAUAACAUAAGUGGAUGAUGGCAUUUGGGGCCAGUCGUGAAAGUAUAUUUCGUCUAAAAUAUUUCCCUAAACAGUGGUACACAUGGUUAUUUUAUUAGGGUAUUUGUAUCUCAUCUGUGUUUCUCUGUGAAUGAAUGUUCCAGUCUUUGUUUCUGUCACUGUAUGUAAGAAAAAGUCCAGAAAUAGAGACUACAUCACAAAAAACUGACAUUGUUAAAUACAAGAAAAUAUAAAUGCUUAAUUACCUCUUAAGGUCUACUAGAUAUGGUUGUCAUUAUUCAUAUACAUAAUACAUGACCAGAUGCUUAUAGUGUUUAAAAUUUUCUAUACCCAAUUAGAAUUAUCUUCAUUUAGUAACAUGCUAAUUCCUCUUCUAUGUGUAAUUGCUGGUGACAGAAUGCUAACAUUUCAUAUACCCUGGCAGAAUGCUGAGGAGUGUGCUCCCACAAUUGGGAAACUGAAUUUUUGAAUGAAAUACCAUAGGAUGAAAUGAAGAGGGGACAACACACAAGGCUUUAAAAAAAAUCUUCUCAGCUAUUUUUAUUGGCCAUUUUAAGAGUCUACAGAACAUUCCUGUUUAACAUUUUCAGUGAAAUAAGAUGCUUUCUUAGCAGUAAGUGUUCCUAUAAAAGAUCAGACAUGCUUUUAGUUAGCUAAGGCUAAACUUUGUUCCAUUUGCCAUCAAGGGUGUUAUAAGCACUGUACUUCAUACAAAGCUUUUUCUCAGUAGUUAUUUUUUGACCAACUUUUUCUUUACCAGUAACUUCUUUUUUGAUAGCUUUUUGUUUUUUCAUGUUGAAAUAGGACAUUGUUGAUUUCGUCCAUAUCAUCCAUCUGCAGAACUAAGGUGCGCAACCAAUUUAUAAAAGACAGAUUCUCCAACUUGUCAUUUUCAAUCUUUCAUUUAAAGUCUAAGACAAAUGGUAGUAAUAUAUCUUCAUUGACAAAGAGGUUUCUUGGGAAGAAUUUUGGUUUUGUGAUAUAUUUGUGAAUUAAGGAAUAGAUGUUAACCAUUAUUUUAUAGAUAAGUGAUUUGUAUGUGAUUCGUUACAAAUAAAACUGGUACUAAAACCCUGACUUUCUGACUUUUUAAUUCAGUGUUUCUGCUGAAUGUAUCCAACUCUUGCUUGUGCAGUGAAUGACAUAACUAGCAGUGUGGAAAUCCCUUCUUAACAGAAAAGCACCCUUGUUUCCAUUUUCCAAUUAAUCAUUACAUUUUUAGCAAAUUCUUAAUACAGUGUUGUUUGCAGGGCUCCUAUUAUUUAUUAGAUGCAGAAUUACCUUAAUUAUCUUGUGUAUCUGUUUCUGUACUCUAAAAGACUCAAAGGGCCCAAAUUUUUGCAAGUUCUUUUUAGUUCAAAUGAUGUGGCAUUAAAGUUUCCAAAAGAAUGAAAUAGAAAUUAAUUUAGCAAUUAGCUUGUCUAUAUAUGGAUUAAAUAUUGAAGUUAACUUUUCAUUUUUAGUUGAGCUGGAAUUUAAAAAUUGUUCACACCUGAUCUUGUUGAGAAUCUUGGAAACACUUUUGAUCUAUUCCCCCCACAAGCCAAAUAUUUACAAUUUCAUAUUUUCAAUUACUUAUGACACUUUCGAAGCUCAUCAGACCCAAAGUAAGUGCACUGUGGCAGUCUCUCUUUCCCAUACCUGUUUAAAAACUUCCACACCCUUUUCAUCAUUCUAACUAACUGUAAAGGAACAUUUAUUUUAGUAAAUUUGAUAAAGCAAGAUAGUGUUAAGAGGCAGAAUUAUUUAUAGAAAAUGUGAGUAUCAGUAGAAUCCCAAGAGAAUUAAUGUUAUUUUUAGGACCAAAAGAGGGUUCAAUAUAUACAAACCAAUUUAAUAGUAACAAAAAUGUAAUAAAAAAAAAAACCCUCUUCACAAAAGCUGCCAAACCUCGAGUACCAUGGAAGCAAUAGGUUUUGUGCAGAAUAGGGAGAAGGACCCCCUCCUUGACACUGAGCCAGAUAUCUCCUGGGCCUGUUUCAUCAAACUUCCAUUCCUCACAUCUUUAAACCUUGAGGACUAAAUACUGUCUGAGGCACGGGGAGAGAAGGGAACAUAUGUUUUGCAUAACAUUCUGUCUAUACCUGAGACAUAUUUUCUCCCAAAGCAGCUUAUGGGGAGUCAUCUAUCUCUACUGGAGUCAAACUUCUACAUUCUUACCCCUAAAGCUAAAACUUGCUUAGAACCACCCUUUCUCAAUCAGGAAUAUUUUGUGGGGGGAUACACUAUUUAUUAAUUCUGGGAACAGUAGUUAAAAAGGACUUUAUGUAAAUAUCACGCAGAGUAUUUCUUCCAAAACAGGUAUGUUUGUGCGUUAAAGAAAGAGAAGAGCUUGAACUCUCAGUUGUAAACAAUAUUACCUUAAUUUAGAUCAUCUUAAGAGAAUAAAGUAGAAUUUUUUGUCCAUUGUAACUGAAAAACCCAGCAAUGUCAUUUACUUCAGGCACAGCCUGAACCAGAAUCUCAGUGUCUUCAGGGCCUUCUUUGUACAGAGAAGGUAUCACAGAUGUCUUCUCUCACUUUAUACAUUAGUUAGGAUCUAGGUGUGGUUAUAUAUACAAAGAUCUGACUGUUUUAAUAACAUAGACUUUUCUCAUAUAAAAGUUCAAUCUAUUAUGUUAUCCCUGAUUUAGAUACCAUCUGAGUUCAGGCUUUCCUGUUUUCCUGUUCUGCUCUGCUUAGGACUGUUGUCCUGGUCCACAUGGUACAAGCUGGUUCACCCUUGUGUUCAUAUUCUAGUCAUGAGGAAGGGGGGAAGGAGGUGGGACAUGACUCUUUCCUAUAAGGGAAGUUGGGCAUGUGGCAUUGGUCACAUGUUAACCACAUGGUCACACCUCAUUGCAACGGUGCUUUGGAGAGGCAGUUUUUAUUCAGGGUUAACAUGUAUAUAGUAAAAGUUCAGGGAUUCCUUAUUAAAUAGGGGAGAAAGGCUAUUAACCUAGCCUAAGCAAUCUGCCAUACCAUGUGUCAGGCCAGAUUUUACCUUAUGGCAGUCAAAGUGAUAUCACCAUCUGUGCAGUUACUACAGAUGACAUAACAUGGACCAGCCUCCCACCUGGGAAAGACUUAGAAAGCUUUCUAGGCUUUUGCUGUUGCUCUGUACAGAAGAGGUAAGGGCACUUGACCUUGUUUUGAUUACAUAAAACUUAAUAGACUCUUCCAUAUUGGUACCCUAGAUCAUGAACUGAAGUCUAGUCUUAGCAUUAUAUCAUGGAAUAUUCCAACUUCCUAAAAAGAAAGAAAACUGAAAAGGGGCUCUGUAUAACCAAUUGCACUAUUAAUUAUCUUAACAAAUGUUGCUUUUGUUAAAUAAGAGGCAUAAGAAUUAAUAGGGUAAUAAAAACUGAUAAUUUCUUAGAACAAGCUAGGCUAAUUAGCAACAUUCUAGCAUUUUCUGUGCCUAGAUCAUUUGUGCUAUGUGAAUGUAAUCUACUCCUCUCUGGCUCUGUUGAAAUGCAGCCCAUUAGCCACAAUAGUCUAUUCAAACCUUAGUUUCUUGUGCUUGCUUUGGCAGCACAUGUACUAAAAUUGGACCAAUACAGAGAAGAUUAACAUGGCCUCUGUGCAAGGAUGACAUGCAAAUUCAUGAAAUGUUCCAUAUUUUUUAAAA